AUGGUUGAGUUAUCAGAUUAUCAACGUCAAGAAAAGGUUGGUGAAGGUACUUAUGGGGUGGUUUAUAAAGCCCUUGAUACCAAGCACAAUAAUCGAGUAGUUGCUUUGAAAAAAAUCCGUUUAGAAAGUGAAGAUGAAGGUGUACCAUCAACAGCUAUUCGUGAAAUCUCACUUUUAAAAGAAAUGAAGAAUGAUAAUAUUGUCCGAUUAUAUGAUAUAAUUCAUAGUGACUCUCAUAAAUUAUACCUUGUUUGUGAAUUCUUAGAUUUAGAUUUGAAAAGAUAUAUGGAAUCGAUUCCUCAAGGUGUUGGAUUAGGAGCAGAUAUGGUCAAAAGAUUUAUGAAUCAAUUAAUUAAAGGUAUCAAACAUUGUCAUUCUCAUAGAGUUUUACAUCGAGAUUUGAAACCACAAAAUUUAUUGAUCGAUAAAGAAGGUAACUUGAAGUUAGCUGAUUUUGGUUUAGCAAGAGCUUUUGGUGUACCUUUAAGAGCUUAUACUCAUGAGGUUGUUACUUUAUGGUAUAGAGCACCUGAAAUUUUGUUGGGUGGUAAACAAUAUAGUACAGGGGUAGAUAUGUGGAGUAUCGGAUGUAUAUUUGCAGAAAUGUGUAAUAGGAAACCUUUGUUCCCGGGUGAUUCUGAAAUUGAUGAAAUAUUUAGAAUUUUCAGAAUUUUAGGUACCCCAACAACUGAAACUUGGCCUGAAGUUCAGUAUUUACCUGAUUUUAAAUCAACUUUCCCUAAAUGGGGUAGGAAAGAUUUGAAAGAUUUUGUUCAAACUUUGGAUGAUCAUGGUAUUGACUUAUUAAUUCAAUUAUUAGCCUAUGAUCCAAGUACUAGAAUUAGUGCCAAACGUGCAUUAGUUCAUCCUUAUUUCCAAGAUGAAGAUGAAUUUUCUAAAUCUGUCAAUAUGGAUUAG